AUGAAACCCGCCAAGCCAACGCCUCUGGUAUGGAUCAAUGGCUUCCCGGGCUCGGGCAAACUCACGGUGACCAAGUUCAUCGCACAGCUGAAUCCAGAUACAUUAAUCCUGGACAAUCACACGCUGAUCGAUCCCGUUGAGGCCAAAUUCCCGCCUCUGCAUCCAGAUUAUCUCAAAGAGCGGCAUUUGUAUCGUCAGGCGAUUUUGAAGAAACACGUGUAUGAUGAAGCUACGAUUGAUAAACUAGUCAUUUUCACAGGUAUGUACCUCAAAUCGCAGGUUCAGUGCAUGGCGGGCGUUGCUUACGCCAUUCUAGACUUCCAAUCAGAUAAUGAACUCGGUCGCGACGUCGCGACUGAAUACAAAGAUGCCGCGCACGAGUCCGGCCGACCAUUCUUGCCGGUCUAUUUGGUCUGCGAUGUCGAUGCCAAUCUCGAACGCGUCAGUACCCUUGAGCGCAUUGAUAGCGGGACGAAGAAAUUAACAAAUGCCCAACUGGUCAAGCACCUGCGUGGGAAGUGCGAUUUGUUCCGCUUCGAUGAUUGCCCCGGGUUGGAGCUGGAUACAACAAAUGCGCCACCGUUGGAAAUUGCCUCGAAGAUUUUGGAUUUUGUGGAGAAUAGCAGGAGUUCUUUCUGA